UUUUUUCCCUCAGUGAUUAAGACAAGUUCACAUCAUGUUACUUUGCUCUUCUAUCAGUAGCAGGUACCUCUAUUAGGAGGAAAGUGUCUGGAGCUUGAAGUAGCUCAUGUUAGCCUUUAAAUCUGAACCACUCCAGGGGCUGCAAAGUAUAAAAUGCAGUGAGAUCUUUUUCGGGUGUUUUGCUGGGCAAAGGGGGAUUGAGUGUAACUCUGAGCAUUUCCUGAGGCUGGCAGGUAAGAUGGCACCUCAUCCCAAAAGAGUGGGCCUGUGCUGCUGGCUUUUUUUUUUUUCCCAAAAGAAAAUCCUAGCAAGGAAAACUUACUUGCAAUCCUUGCUGUUUGGACUGCUGUGAGUUGCAGCUGUCGUUUACUGAAGAGAAUUGGCUUCAACUGGAGUCAAACCAGGAGGUUUCCGAGGUAACCUCUCAGCGUGUCAAAUUCCUGACAUCAAUCAGGGGUACCUAUCCAUGCUAUCCAGACUAAAGCCCAGCACUCACUGGAGCAUCUCUCCAGGGAAAAAGCUGUGGCCAGUCCAGAUAUUUCGUGGGGUCCCUGCCCAGUUUCCAGUGAUGGAUGGGAAACUGCUACUUGGAGACUGGAUCCCAGGAGAACUUGAGUAAUUUCCUACUGAAAGCUUUUAAAGCAAUGACUUGCUUCCAAGCUCCUUUCUGCCAGCUGAAAACCUACUGGGAUAUUCGGGCUUAUUUGGAGAUAAACCACUCUGAGGUAUGUCAUAUAAAAUAUCAUGGAAAUACUGAUGGAUGAAGAAGUUAAAUACUUGAAGAGUAAGUUCUAUUACCUUAAUUCACAAAUAUCCCCAGAGUCCCCAGAUCAAGCCCUGCAUGACCCAGACCAAACAUCUCCUGCACCACUCCCUGAGCCGCAGGAACUGGGAAUGGGGGAUUUGGGGUGACUGCAGCUCCCCCUUGCUCUGAAAGAAAAGCAAAGAUGAGCCCGGAUUCCCAUGGCCUGUGCAUGGGGUCCCUGUGGAACAGCAUUUCAGUUUUUCAGUCACUGGUUCCCUUCCUGGUCCCCUGAGGCAGAGGAUGAUCCAUAAAUUUCUCUCUCCCUUAUUUCUCAGACCAAUGUCCUGGUCUUUUUGACAUCCUUCAGGGGCUGUGUUUUGCCCCUGGGACAUUCUCACUUUUCAGCAGACCAGGGAUCAUUUUCCAAGGUGGGAAACCUUGGGAACUGGGAACCCUGGGAAGCCUCUGUUGUUGUGCCAUUACUGAGCUCAGGGCAAGGGACGGACACAUUUUUUAGCACUUUCCACAUUAAAUGUUCUUCAUGUACAACUACGUGCUCCUGCUGUCUCUGAAGUUUCCUUAUUUUUGUUUCAGCCUCAGAGGAUUCUGUGAGGGUAUUUCACACAUGAAAAUCAAGACAUCAAGAUGACAAACCCAGCGGGUUGUGCACAGGGCUGAAGCAGUGGUGGCUGCUCCGGGGGAUUUCUUCCAUGUGCCCAACAUAAAAAUAAUUCCAUCAUUUCACAAUGGCUUUGAACUGCCACUCUAACUGCCACUCUAAACUGAAUUUCUGUAGCCAGAGGUACAAGAUUGUCCUGGUCAGGCUGUGAGAUGUUACGCUGUGUAUUUGUCUGUGGAGGCUGUGUCUGGGAUACCAGUAGGGAAUGAGCCUCCUGUGUUUGGGCAUUCAGUGUGGGUUGGGGCAGGUUUUCACUCAGGGAGCCUCCCACUUUAUUCCUUUGCAGAUUUUCUCUGGUGUAUUAAAUGAAGAAGGGAGGCCUUGCUCUUACCAAGUUACCACGUGGGAGCAAAUUACUGUUAUUUAUCAUCUUAUAACAAUUAGGUAUUGCAUAAUUUUUUUCCUUUUCUUAGAUGAUUUAUGUUUCUGUCCUCUGUGCCUCUCUCCAUUAUUUAUCACUGCUUGUUUUAGCAGGCAAGGUCCCUGUGAAAACACAAGGCACUGGCUUAAUUUCUCCUUCCAGCCAAUCCUCCUCCCCCUCAGCUUCAGGAUAAUGGAAAUCCGUGGAGCUUUUCCAUUUCCUGUCAUCUGCAGUGUUUGUACAGCCACUUCCCUAUGUCUGCCACAGUCAAAAUUUCAUUAGUGCAACUGGGAUGAGACUCAGCUCCAGUUUUGCCUCAAGGCUGUUUACAACUUCUUGUUUACCAGCUAUGGACAAAAACUAAUCCAGAGAUCAUUACUGGAGAUAUUAGAAGCUGCUGCCUCACAACACCGUGUCAGAAACAGAGAGAAAACACAAAAUAUAUAUCCAGAAUAACCAUUGUUCCUCCUGAUUUUAGUGUGAUAAGGGACAGCCCUGUCAUGGCAUGACCAAGAACUUCUCCCUCGGAUCAUCAGAGUCCCCUCAAAAAGCCAAACUCCAGCAGGGCACAAGGAGGAGAACACAAGGAGGAGAAUGGACUCAAACUCUUCACUGGAUUGGCCUCACUUGGAUUUGCUGAACUACAACGGGACAUACAAGUACCUUUCCUUGGAAGGAAACGUCUCCUACGUGGACUUUUACCUCCACCAGCCUUGGAUGGCUGCUGUCUUCAUCACCUCCUACCUCCUCAUCUUCCUCCUCUGCAUGGUGGGCAACGGGGCGGUUUGCUUCAUCGUCCUGUGGAGCAAGCACAUGCGCACGGUCACCAACCUGUUCAUCCUGAACCUGGCCGUCAGUGACUUGCUGGUGGGGCUCUUCUGCAUGCCCACCACCCUCCUGGACAACAUCAUUGCAGGAUGGCCCUUUGGGAGCCUGGUGUGCAAGAUGAGCGGGAUGGUCCAAGGAAUCUCUGUUUCUGCCUCUGUCUUCACUCUGGUUGCUAUUGCUGUGGACAGGUUCCGGUGCAUCGUGCGCCCGUUCAAGCAGAAGCUGACCGUUCCCGCUGCCGUGGCCACCAUCGCGGUCAUCUGGGUGCUGGCCGUGGCCAUCACGUGUCCCUCGGCAGUGCUGCUGCAGGUGCAGGAGGAGAAGCGUUUCCAGGUGCUCCUGGGCUCCGGCAACGCCACCCGCCCGGUGUUCUGGUGCCGGGAGGAGUGGCCGGACCCGGCAAUGAGGAAGAUCUACACGACGGUUCUCUUUGCCAACAUCUACCUGGCUCCCCUGUCGCUCAUCGUGCUCACGUACGCCAGGAUCAGCGUCUCCCUCUCCCACGCCGCCGUGCCUGGGGCGGGGAAGCGCAGCCAGGAGCAGCGGCACGGCGCGUGGAAGAGGAAACGAAAAGCCAUUCAAAUGCUCGUCCUUGUCACUUUGCUUUUCGCCCUGUCCUGGCUUCCCCUGUGGACCCUGAUGCUGCUGUCGGACUACGCCAGCCUCUCCGACCUCCAGCUGCAGCUGAUCAACAUCUACAUCUACCCCUUGGCUCACUGGCUGGCCUUCUUCAACAGCAGCAUCCACCCCAUCAUCUACGGCUUCUGCAACGAGAACUUCCGCCGGGGCUUCCAGGCCGUCCUCAAGCUCCAGCUCUGCUCCAGGGCGGCCUGUUCCCAGCCGGCGCCGGGCCAUGCCGCCCUGCCGGCUGCCCGCCGCCAGCUGCCCCAGGACCCGGCUCCCCUGACAGCCAAGAAAGGGAACGGGGUGAAUAAGCAGCAGGAUUUGCUGGUGGAGGAGCUCGAGGAGCCCUGCGACAAUGGGCUUGAGUGAAAAGCGCUGUGACUCCGUGAAGCUCCCCGAGCGGCUGGAGCUGGGCUGCUUGAACCCUAUUUAUGGUCACAUUUCAGCCUGUGAGGAAUCCCUUAUCCUGUAGCUCCCAUGGACUGAAAUACUGCAGACACGGGCUGGAGCCCAGCGGUCCCUGGAUUUUCUUGCGGACCUUGUGAACGCCAGCUGGGUCCUGCUCAAAUGACAAAAUUUAGCGUUUUCCGUCACAUUCCAUUUAUUCCCCUUUGUUGCUGUUCUUUCUGUCGCAUCCAUUAUUAUUGCAGCUAGAGAAACAAAUGGAAAUGGAAAUUUGAGAAAUAAAAGAUAAAA